AUGAGCGUUCUUCGUCCAUUCAAAGCCUCUGAUAUGUUCAAGUUUAAUAAUAUAAACUUGGACAUCUGGACGGAAACGUAUGGCAUUGGUUUCUACCUCAGCUAUCUCUCGCGGUGGCCUGAUUUGUGCUGCGUGCAAGAAGCCCCGACAGGCCGCAUGAUGGGAUACGUUCUUGGCAAAGCAGAAGGAAGCAAUGCCGAAUGGCAUGGACACGUCACUGCGCUCACCGUGGCACCCGAAUACCGCAGGCUCUCCCUGGCUCGAAGGAUGAUGGCCCUCCUAGAAAUGGUCUCCGAUGAGAUUUACAAAGGCUUCUUUGUUGACUUGUUCGUGCGGUGUACGAACACGGUCGCGAUAGACAUGUAUGAGGGCCUCGGGUAUAGCGUAUAUCGAAGAGUGCGGGAGUAUUAUGGCAGUUUAGGGAUCGGGAAAGGCGGAAGAGACGAAGAGGACGCGUUUGAUAUGCGAAAACCACUCUCACGCGAUCCCAAUCGUCGCUCGGUGCGGCCCAAUGGAAGGGAAAUGAUCGUUAGUGCCCACGACGUAUAA